AAGCCUGGCUACGAUCUGGCGGGAGGCGGGAAACUGCGACUGUGCAGAUUUGGCGCGAGCGCGCCUAUGCUGUGCAGCUGUCGCUGAUUAGUUUGCCCCGGAGCUUGCGUUCGAGCGUCGCUGGGGCCGUGGACGCGCAGUUGUCUUGCCAUCAUGCCUCAAACCAGAUCCCAGUCACAGGCUUCAAUCAACUUUCCAAAAAAGAAGCCAUCUCGAACUUUGGCCAAAGUGAAACAAUCUGAUGACACCAAACUAGAACUGACAAAUGUCUCGGUAACACCCUGUUCUCCUUGUGAAAAGAUUCUGCCUCUCAGCCCCAGAAAGCGACUAGGUGAUGACAACCUAUGCAACACUCCCCACAUACCUGUCUGUUCUCCACCAAAGCAAGGGAAGAAAGAAAAUGGGCUCCCUCCCCCACAUACACCUAGAGGACGCAGACUGAUAUUUGACAACCAGCUGACUGUUAAGUCUCCUAGCAAAAAAGAACAAGGCAGAGUUUGCAAAAACAAAAUACAAACCCCGAUUCAGAAACAUCAAGAGAUUACAACAAAUUCUGAGCAGAAGUUAUCUCUGGAGAAAGAUUCUGCCUGUCUGGGACUCUUCAAGCAAGAAGGCACUUGCUACCAGCAAGCAAAAUUGGUCUUGAAUACAGCUGUCCCGGACCGGCUGCCUGCCAGGGAAAAGGAGAUGGAUUUCAUCAGGAACUUCCUGAAGGAACACAUCUGUGGGAAAAAAGCUGGAAGUCUUUAUCUUUCUGGUGCUCCUGGAACUGGAAAAACUGCCUGUUUAAGCCGGAUUCUGCAAGACCUCAAGAUGGAACUGAAAGGCUUUACAACUAUCCUGCUUAAUUGUAUGUCCUUGAGGAGUGCCCAGGCUGUAUUCCCAGCAAUUGCUCAGGAGAUUUGUCAGGAAGGCAUAUCCAGGCCAGCUGGGAAGGAUCUGAUGAGGAAACUGGAAAACCUCAUGACUGCGGAGAAGGGCCCCAUGAUUGUGUUGGUGUUGGACGAAAUGGAUCAGCUGGACAGCAGAGGACAAGAUGUGUUAUACACACUAUUUGAGUGGCCAUGGCUGAGCAAUUCUCGACUGGUGCUCAUUGGUAUUGCUAAUACCCUGGACCUCACAGACAGAAUUCUACCAAGGCUUCAAGCUAGAGAAAAAUGUAAGCCAAGACUCUUGAACUUCCCACCAUAUACCAAAAAUCAGAUAGCUACCAUCUUGCAGGAGCGACUAAAUCAGGUAUCUCAAGACCAGGUUCUAGACAACGCUGCGAUUCAGUUCUGUGCCCGGAAAGUCUCUGCCAUUUCAGGAGAUGCUCGCAAAGCACUAGAUGUUUGCAGGAGAGCUAUUGAAAUUGUAGAGUCGGAUGUCAAAAGCCAGACUAUCCUCAAACCACUUUCUGAAUGUAAAUCAUCCAGUGAGUCACCAGUUCCCAAGCGGGUUGGUCUUGUUCAUAUAUCACAAGUUAUUUCAGAAGUGGAUGGUAACAGAAUGGCUUUGAACCAAGGAGCACAAGAUUCCUUCCCUCUUCAGCAGAAGAUCUUGGUUUGUGCUUUGCUGCUCUUAACCAGGCAGUUGAAAACCAAAGAGGUCACCUUGGGGAAGUUAUAUGAAGCCUAUAGUAGUGUCUGUCGCAAACAGCAGGUGGCAGCUGUGGAUCAGUCUGAGUGCUUGUCACUUUCAGGACUCUUGGAGGCCAGGGGCAUUUUGGGAUUAAAGAAAAGCAAGGAAAUUCGCUUCUCAAAGGUAUGCUUGAAGAUUGAAGAGAAGGAAAUAGAGCAUGCUCUGAAAGACAAAGCUUUAGUUGGAAAUAUCUUAGCAACCGGAUUGCCUUAAAUUCUUUUUUCUUAAUACUAACCCCCGUCUGUGUCCAGCUGACAUUUAGAGAACUAGGGUCUUCCUUUUAUUAUGUUGUACACUUAAGUCUGAAAACAAAAACAGUCUUUUUUACUUGAAAUUGAUUUUUAAUUUAUAAAUUCAUGACUAUUAGCACAGAAUAAAAUGCUUGGGUCUCAUUUUUAUGCAUUAAAAACUAUCAAACAGACCCUUUUAAAUUAUGUUCACUACCUCUAUCACUUGUGUAUAACUAGUAUGCUUGUGAGUAUAUGAUUUUUGUUGUGAGAUAUAUAUUUGCCUUUUAGUUUUUCUCAGAGAUUGGUAAAUUUUAAAGGGCUUUGGGACUAGCACGAGAAGACUGAAAAAGUAUGAUCCAGAAAAAUAAACAAGUCUACAUGAAGAUUUGGAAGACACUUUGAUCAAAAACUUCAUUUUUGGAACAUACUGUAUUUGUAUUGCAGAUACUUUCACAUUGUGACAUUUUAAAGACUCAGUUUCUUGGGCACUCCCAAUACCCUGGGGUGGUAAGGAAAUUGUAACUCUACAGAUUGUGAAUAUAUUUAUUUUUAAGUUGA